AGGCUUCAACAGCUCCGCCAUGCGCGUCGUGCGCGGAGCCCCAGAGACGGCGCCUGGGCCGCUGGUUGGACCUGGUUCCUACGACACGCACAUGGUGGGCAGGAUCGUGUGGCAUCGCGAGCGGCACGUGUCGCACCCCGCGCAGCAGCAGAUCAGCGGCCACAGGUCGCCAGUGCUGUGCACGUUCGGCAAGUGGCGCCCGCAGGACGAGUCCAGCCCGCCUCUGUCCAGGUCCCCGGGUCCUGGCCACUACGCCGUGAAGGAGAGCAUCGGAACCAGCUGGCAGAAGUACCCGUCGCCGGGCACGAGCUUCGCGCGGCAGCCGCCGGUGCCCGGCGAGUCGCGCUUCGGGGCGCUGUCGCGCGGGCUGGAGGACGCGAGGGGAGGCGGCCAUGGCGCGAUGGACUUCUUCUCGGGCUGACGCUCGGGCGCCGUGGCCGCCCGCGGAUGGACCCCAAGAGGGGCCCGCAGACCAAGGAGGAGGAGGAGGAGGAGGAGAACGUGACGAUGCUCAUGUUUGUGUGUGUGUGUUGUCCUGCGCUUCAAGCUUGAUCUGGUGCCUCUUGUGGGCAUCCCCUUUUGUAGAAAGGGGUGUCUCGUCUGCUCCAAGCAUAGGGCGCCUCGCAUUGCCCAGCGAAUUACGGGAGACUGUUUUGCGCACGCCGACUACUUGUGGCGAGCGAUUGAAA